AUGGACCCCUUUCUUCAACCCACCGCUUCCUUCUUCGGUGAGAACCGCCUGGAGGUGCCUGUGGCCACAGCUCUGAUGGACAUAGACCUACAGCUGCAGUUCUCCACGUCCCAGCCUGAAGCCCUCCUUCUCCUGGCAGCAGGCCCAGCUGACCACCUCCUGCUGCAGCUCUACUCUGGACGCCUGCAGGUCAGACUUGUCCUGAGCCAGGAGGAGCUGAGGCUGCAGAUCCCAGCAGAGAAGCUGCUGAGUGACUCCAUUGCCCAUACUAUGGUGCUGAUUGUCGUAGAGGGCUGGGCCACACUGUCAGUUGAUGGGUUUCUGAAGGCCUCCUGUACAGUCCCAGGAGCCCCCAUAGAGGUCCCCUAUGGGCUCUUUGUUGGGGGCACUGGGAGCCUUGGCCUGCCCUAUCUGAGGGGAACCAGCCGAGCCCUGAGGGGUUGCCUCCAUGCAGCCACCCUCAAUGACUGCAGCCUCCUCGAGCUGGUCAAAUCCCAGGUGCUGUUCAGCGUGACCCGAGGGGCAUGCGACGGUGAGCUCAACCCGGGCGCCCAGGCACAAAAAAUGUUCACCCUCCUGGACGUGGUGAACCGCAAGGCCCGCUUCAUCCACGAUGGCUCUGAGGACACCUCCGACCAGCUGGUGCUGGAGGUGUCAGUGACGGCUCAGGUGCCUAUGCCCUCAUGCCUGCGGAGGGGCCAAACUGACCUCCUGCUCAUCCAGGUCAACCCUGUCAAUGACCCACCCCGCAUCAUCUUCCUACAUGGCAGCCUCGUGGUGAUCCUGGAACACACACAGAAGCCACUGGGGCCCGAGGUUUUCCAGGCCUAUGACUCGGACUCUGCCUGUGAGGGCCUCACCUUCCAGUUCCUUGGAGCCCCCUCUGGCCUCCCCGUGCAGCGCCGAGACCAGCCUGGGGAGCCGGCAACUGAGUUCUCCUGCCGAGAGUUGGAGGCCGGCAGCCUGGUCUAUGUCCACCACGGUGGCCCUGCACAGGACUUGAGGUUCCAGGUCAGCGAUGGACUGCAGGCCAGCCCCCCGGCCACGCUGAAGGUGGUCGCCAUCCGGCCGGCCACACAGAUCCACCGCAGUAAGGCCCAAGGCUCUGCCAUGCCCUUCUCGCCCGCCAACCUGUCGGUGGAGACCAAUGCCGUGGGGCAGGAUGUGAGCAUGCUGUUCCACGUCACCAGAGCCCUGCAGUUUGGGGAGCUGCAGAAGCAGGGGGCAGGUGGAGUGGAGGGUGCUGAGUGGUGGGCUACACAGGCGUUCCACCAGCGGGAUGUGGAGCAGGGCCGUGUGAGGUACCUGAGCACCGACCCACAGCACCGCACCGAGGACACCGUGGAGAACCUGGCCCUGGAGGUGCAGGUGGACCAGGAGAUCCUGAGCAAUCUGUCCUUCCCAGUGACCAUCCAGAGAGCCACCGUGUGGAUGCUGCGGCUGGAGCCACUGCACACUCAGAACACCCAGCAGGAGACCCUCACCGCAGCCCACCUGGAGGCCACCCUGGAGGAAGCAGGCCCAAGCCCCCUAACCUUCCACUGUGAGGUGGUUUAGGCUCCCAGGAAAGGCAACCUUCAACUACAGGGCACGAGGCUGUCAGACGGUCAGGGCUUCACCCAGGAUGACAUACAGGCUGGCCGGGUGACCUAUGGGGCCACGGCACGUGCCUCGGAGGCAGUCGAGGACACCUUCCGUUUCUGUGUCACAGCUCCGCCAUAUUUCUCCCCGCUCUAUACCUUCCCCAUCCACACUGGUGGUGACCCAGAUGCACCCAUCCUCACCAAUGUCCUCCUCGUGGUGCCUGAGGGUGGUGAGGGUGUCCUCUCUGCUGACCACCUCUUUGUCAAGAGUCUCAAUAGUGCCAGUUACCUCUAUGAGGUCAUGGAGCGGCCCCGCCAUGGGAGGUUGGCUUGGCGUGGGACACAGGACAAGACCACUAUGGUGAUAUCCUUCACCAAUGAAGACCUGUUGCGUGGCCGGCUGGUCUACCAGCAUGAUGACUCCGAGACCACAGAAGAUGAUAUCCCAUUUGUUGCUACCUGCCAGGGUGAGAGCUGUGGUGACAUGGCCUGGGAGGAGGUACGGGGUGUCUUCUGAGUGGCCAUCCAACUCCUGAAUGACCACGCCCCUGUGCAGACCAUCAGCCGCGUCUUCCAUGUGGCCGAGGGUGGGCGGCAGCUGCUGACUGCAGACGACGUGGCCUUAGACUCGGGCUUUGCUGACGCCCAGCUGGUGCUGACACUCAAGGACCUCCUCUUUGGCAGAAUCGUGGCCAUGGAUGAGCCCACGCGGCCCAUCUACCACUUCACCCAGGAGGCCUCAGAAAGAGGUGAGUCCUGUUCAUGCACUUGGGCUGAUCAUGGCUGGAUCCAGCUGCAGGUGUCUGAUGGGCAACACCAGACCACUGCGCUGCUGGAGGUGCAGGCCUCGGAGCCCUACCUCCGUGUGGCCAAAGGCUCUGGCCUUGUGGUCCCUCAAGGAGGUCAGGACACCACUGACACAGCUGAGCUCCACCUAGACACCAACCUUGACAUCCACAGUGGGGAUGAGGUGCACUACCAUGUCACAGCUGGCCCUCGCUGGGGGCAGUUGCUCUGGGCCACGCAGCCAGCCACAGCCUUCUCCCAGGAGGACCUGCUAGACGGGGCCAUUCUCUACGGCCUCAAUGGCAGCCUCAGAACCCGUGACACCCUGAUCUUCUCAAUGGAAAUGGGGCCAGUGCACAUGGGUGCCACCCUACAAGUGACCGUUGCCCUAGAGGGCCCACUGGCCCCACUGAAGCUGGUCCGGCACAAGAAGAUCUGUGUCUUCCAGGGAGAGGCAGCUGAAAUCAGAAGGGACCAGCUGGAGGCAGCCCAGGAGGCAGUGCCGCCGGCAGACAUCAUAUUCUCAGUGAAGAGCCCACCGAGUGCCGGCUACCUGGUGAUGGUGUCUCGUGGCGUCUUGGCAGAUGAGCCACCCAGCCUGGACCCUGUGCAGAGCUUCUCCCAGGAGGCAGUGGACAUGGGCAGGGUCCUGUACCUGCACUCCCACCCUGAGGCCUGGAGCGAUGCCUUCUCACUGGAUGUGCCCAUGGGCCUGGGUGCUCCCCUCAAGGGUGUCCGUGUGGAGCUAGAGGUGCUGCCCACUGCCAUCCCACUGGAGGCGCAAAACUUCAGCGACCCCGAGGGUGGCAGCCUCACCCUGGCCCCUCCACUGCUCCACAUCAUCGGGCCCUACUUUCCCACUCUCCUUGGCCUCGGCCUGCAUGGGGCACUGCAAAAGGAGGACAAACCUCAAGCCAGGACUCUCAGUGCCUUCUCCUGGAGAGAGGUGGAAGAGCAGCUGAUCCGCUACGUGCACGACGGGAGCGAGACACUGACCAGUUUUGUCUUGAUGACUGAAGCCUCGGAGAUGGACUGCCAGAGCCAUCCUGUGGCCUUCACUGUCACCGUCCUGCCUGUCAAUGACCAACCUCCCAUCUUCACUACAAACACAGGCCUGCAGAUGUGGGAGGGGGCCACUGCGCCCAUCCCUACAGAGGCCUUGAGGAGCAUGGACGGUUACUCUGGGCCUGAGGACCUUGUCUACACCAUUGAGCAGCCCAGCAGUGGGCGGGUAGUGCUGUGGGCAGUGCCAGGCACCAAGGUGUGCAGCUUCACGCAGGCCCAGCUGGACGGCAGGCUCAUGCUGUUCUCACACAGAGGAGCCCUGGAUGGAGGCGUCCACUUCGGCUUCUCUGAUGACAAGCACACUUCCUCCAGACACUUCUUCCGAGUGAUGGCCCAGAAGCAAGUGCUCCUCUCACUGGAGGGCAGCCGGACACUGACUGUCUGCCCAGGGUCCGUCCAGCCACUCAGCAGCCAGAGCCUCAGAGCCAGCUCCAGCGCAGGCACCGGCCCCCAGCUCCUGCUUUACGGUGUGGUCCUGGGCCCCCAGCUAGGCCAGCUGUUCCAUGCCCAGCAGGACAGCACAGGGGAGGCCCUGGUGAACUUCAUUCAGGCAGAGGUGGUGCACCUGAUGCUCCUGCCAGGAGGCUGCGUGGGCAUCUGGACCCAUCACAUGAUCACAGACUGGUUUACAAAGCACUGGACCUGGCUGCCAGAACCGGCCCUCUCCUUCCAAGGCACUGGGACCAUGGAUGCCGGAGCCACAUAUGGCUGA